GCCGCACGCCGUCCGGGUGAGAUGUGUGAACGCUCGCUGCCGCUGCCGCUGCCGCUAGUGAACGAAGUGCGGGAUUUUCGCUGCCCAAACACAGAUUUUUCUUCUAGCAAAGUUUCGAUCGUACUGUAGUGGGAAGUGAACAGUUUUCAUGAACAAAGCAUAUUGGUGCAAACAGUUGCAGGGUGUAAAGAGUGUCAGCUAGUGUUGUGUUUUUUUGUUGAAAAUUUUCACACGGAAAAUCUGUGCUGACCGUUUUACCGUCAGUGUUCCAGCAAUCAACGACGGGCAGGAGGUGAUGAGUGCGCAGAAACGUGUCUCCCAGUUCCAGGGCCAAUGCCGAAUGGGAUGAAGACAGGUGGAGGCAUUACGAGUCCUUUAGAGAGUGUAUUGUAAAAAAAGAAAUCCCUACAGUUUUUGUGGUCACUUGUGAAAAAUGUAUGAUAAAGGUGAAUGUUAACACUGCGCCAACAGCAGAAGCAAAACAAAUCGCAGCUCUCUAAAACCGAAGACGAAACAUAAAGCGCGUGUUCAACCGUGUGGGUGUGCGUGUGUGAAUGUUGUGCAUAUCUGUGUAUGAAAAGCAACCAAAAGCAAAGCAAAGCUUGCAAUGAAGUGGAUGAGUUUGAGUGCAGAUCAAGUUGGAAAUACAUUACGCUGAGGGAGUGCAGAGAAGAAAAUUCAACACAGUUUUGAUGCAGUUUUGAUGCUUGUGAAGGUGAAAAAAGUAGCAAAUUGUGUGAAGCUUGAAACCGUGAACGCCCAGAGAAGUCGUGGCCGAAACUCCUUGCAGUGAAACAGACAAGAACGUGGACACACAGAACACACAGAAUGGCCUUUCACGGCUGUCGAAGGAGCAGCUCCACGGGCCACGGGACGCCACUGAUGACGACGGUAAAUGUUGGCCACAAAACGUGCCUGGUGACAGUACUGGCUCUCAUUGUGGCACUCACACUACCCACCGUUCGGUGUCGAUCGGUGAACGUGAACCAACCGCCGAACCAUCCGCACAGCCGGCACCACCGGUCCAACAUCUCGAUCGAGAGCAACUCGAUACAGCGGCUGGAUGCGGCGGGCGCUGGCAACCGACCGGCAACGCACGGCAAUGGAGCCGCGUACGGCGGCCAGUCGGGCCAGUCGCCGCCACUGCUGAAGCGCGUCUUCCUAUCGAACCGCACCGUCACCUGUAACGAUGGUUCGCAGGCCGGGUUCUAUCUGCGCAAAUCGCCCGGCUCCCGCCGGUGGGUGGUGUUUUUCGAGGGCGGCUGGCAUUGCUACGAUCACAAAUCGUGCCGGGCGCGGUGGUUAAAGCAGCGCCAUCUUAUGACAUCCGUGCAGUGGCCAGAGACGCGUGACGUCGGUGGUCUACUGUCCGCCCUGCCCUCGGAGAACCCGUACUGGUACAACGCGAACCACGUGUUCGUGCCGUACUGCAGCAGCGACUCGUGGAGCGGCACCAAGGUGCGGCCGGACACGCGGGACGGCCUCCGCUUCAUGGGUUCGCUGAUCGUGCGCCAGGUCAUGUCCGAUCUGGUCCCGCUCGGGCUGGGCCAUUCGCAGGGGGCCGACCUGCUGAUGGCCGGCUCCUCCGCCGGUGGGCUGGGCGUCAUGCUUAAUCUCGACAAAGUGCGAACGUUUCUGCAGAACGAACGAGGUCUGAAGGUGAGCGUGCGUGGUGUUAGCGACUCCGGAUGGUUCCUGGACCGGGAACCGUACACACCCGGCGCGGUGGCCGCCUCGGAAGCCGUCCGGCAGGGCUGGCGCAUGUGGGACGGUGCGCUGCCCGAGGCGUGCGUUGCCGAACACUCGAAAGAGCCGUGGCGCUGCUACUUUGGCCACCGGCUGUACAACACACUGAAAUCUCCCCUGUUCGUGUUCCAGUGGCUGUUCGAUGAGGCGCAGAUGCGGGCGGACAGUGUCGGUGCGCCGGUGACGCCCCAGCAGUGGGACUACAUCCACGAUAUGGGCGGUGCGUUGCGCGAAUCACUGAACAACGUGUCGGCCGUGUUUGCGCCGUCCUGCAUCGGCCACUCGGUGCUGACCAAGCGCGACUGGAUGAAGAUCCGGAUCGACGACAUCACGCUGGCCGACGCGCUGCGCUGCUGGGAGCAGUCGAACGCCGACGAGCGCCAGUCCCAGUGGCGCUCGAUCAACCGUAGCCCGCAGAAGCUGCAUCGCAAGCACAACGGUGCGCGCAGGAAGAACAAGCUACAGCAGCAACAACAACAGCAGCAACAACAACAACAACAGAAACAAAACGCUCCGGUUGGUGUGGAGCCGGCGUCGGAGCGGCCGCCCCGUCCGAAGCUUACCAAAGAGGAGCGCGAACGCAGGCGCCAGGAGCGACGGAAGCGUCAGAACCAGCGCCUGAAGCAGACCAGCGGUGCGCCCGGCAAGCCCGACGGCCCGAAAGUUCCUAAGCUAGAACGAAUGCCAAAAAAUAAUAGUACUACCACUACUACUGCUGCUACCAGCAAACCGAACGGCAGCAAUCAACCGAAGCGCAACCGGCACCGGGAGGAGGUCGCAGCCGCCACGAAUGAACCGGCCGCGCACAAGCUGCGCAACCAGAACAAGAAGCGCCUGAACGGACACCGCAACCGGAAUCGUAAGGCACGGGGAGGCGGCGGCGGCGGCGGCGGUGGGGGCCGCAACCGAGCGCCCCAGGCGGUGGUGGACAUUGCGGAACCAAAGAAGUGCGCGUUGCGGUUGCUGGAGCGGUGCAGCUGGCCCCAGUGCAACCAUUCCUGCCCGACGCUAACCAAUCCGCUGACCGGCGAGGAGAUGAAGUUCCUCGAGCUGCUCGCCUCGUUCGGGCUCGAUAUGGAUGCGGUCGCGACGGCGCUCGGCGUCGACAUGCAGACGCUCAAUAACAUGGACCACGCGGAGCUGGUGAAUCUGCUGACGCAGCAGGUGACGUAGCAGCAGCGCAAGGGCGAGCCUUCCUCCGAGCCGGCGCUUCGGACCAGAGCAUUCCAAAACAAGCCAAAAGAUCGUACUUAAGCGUUAAAGCCCCCUUGCCCUCCCGUGUGCCGCACCGCCAUGAGCCAGUAGAUUGCAGGGUUUCCAGUAUUUAUUAUGUCCGCCGGCGCCGGGCCUGCCUGCCAGCGAGUGAGCCAACAACGCUUCCCAAACAAAACCAGCUGAUAUUAGACGAGGAGUGGGUGAAUCGUACCCUCCAACCUCCGUCGCACCUGUGAAUACUCCCGAGCAAAAACGGACUGACAAAAAAAAGGGGAAGAAAUGCUUCCUCCAACACACACACACACUCAGUGCUCCAUCUCUUGAGUGUUCCCAGUAUUUCUUCGUCGUGUGUACUAUUAGUGGACGCAGAUUGGUUAGUGUAAGCGAAAGCCUGAUAUUUAUUUGACCUGCUGCCAAACACAUAGAGCAGCAGCAUCCUCUCCCUCCCCCAGUGUACAUAUAGUAGCUUAGUAGUACGAUAGUAGGGUAGGCACUAAGGGCACACGGCCGUCGUCGGCGCUUGUGUGUAGCGUUAUAAAGCCCUCUUCUCCCCUCCUCCCCCUCAGAACGAAAUGACUACCUCACCGAAUAAGUAUGAACUGGCAUGCGGAUUGGUUGCGUAUGGCGGAUGGUGCCCUGCGUCGGUGUGUCUUAGUAAACCGAGCCGCGUCCAUCCGCCGAGUGAAUGAGUGUUGAACAUAGAGCAGUGUGCGUGCGUACGUAAGGCUUUUUAGGGUUAAGAUCUGUAUUAUCCUGUACCUGCGCUUAGUCAUACAUAUUUUAGCAAACAAUCGUUUAUAAACCGUGUGCGAGCGCGUGUGCGUGCGUUACAAAAUGUUGCAAAAUCUAGCUCUACGCCAGAAAAUGAAUGGAACAUAAAGGCACGCGCAACCGCCACCACGCCACCAACCUAGGAAAGAUAGACGGGGACACGCUUGAUUUCGUGUGCGGUAGUGCCGAUAGUGUACAUGUAUAUAUAUAGUGUAGUGUUGAGCAGCUAUUUAUAGUAAGUCGAUAGAGAGGGAGCGGGAGAAGCACCAACCUUCUCCCACAAGCCCACCGCAGGUGUAUAAAAUGCUAAAUGAAUUGCCAGUGUACACAAUACAGGCGCGCGCGUGCGCGUCUCUGCCACCGUUCCCGGGUGGAUGUUGUUGGGCUUUGGGAUGGCCAGCGGAUUGAAAAUUGAUUGAAGAAUAUUUUUAAAAUAAAAACCAACUCAAACAAUUAAA